AUGAGAAAUGUUAGAACGACUUAUAAAUAUGCUAAAGGAGCUAUUUUAGAGGCUUUUUCUAAUGUUAGUGCCUUUGUUGCAAAAUAUUAGCCAAGAAAUCCAUUUAAAGACAAUAAAGUUAUGAUAAAAAUAAAUUUCAGUGUGAUCAGUUAUUAGUCUUCUUUAAAUAAAAUUAAAACAGAAGAUGUUACUAUUGAAACUAUGUAGUAGUAUUGUAAUUAAGUACCACUUUUCAUUUAAAAAUCAACAGAUAAUUUCCUAAUUACUGUUGAAGCAGAUGCUAUUGAAACACUAGCUAAAAGACCUAAAGUACUUCCUAAGUAUCUAUAAAAGCUUGAAAUAUUAUCUAAAUUAUUUUCAUCCCCAAAUAAAGCUGCUGGUCUGCAAACUAAAAUAAUUCCAAUAAAAGAACAUAAGCACAACAAUAUAGUUUUUAAUGAUAAUUUUUCUGAUAAAAAGCAGUAGGCUAAAAAAUUUGUCCAUAUAGGAUUUGUGUUUAUGAGUACUACAGCAUCUGAUAUAUUCAUCAUAGAAAAGCAAUAAAACAUAGAUAAAGUUGAGCAAGCACCAUUAAUUCCUCUAAAUAAUACUAAUUUAAAUGCUUCCUUUUUUUCUACAUAGGUUGGAUUUUUAUUUAUCUUGCAAAGAAUUAUAUUAAUAAUAAAUCCUAUAAUCAUUCUCAUGUUCAUAAUUUAAAGUGAAGAAUGUUCAGAUCUGAAGCUCUUUAGAAAAAUAAUUUGA